UUUGUGUGGUUAACUUUUUCUGUUUGCUAAACCGUUUUAGUUUUUACAAGUUGAGACCAUUAAUGUCGGAGGUUUUACAACAGGAUUUCACGGUCUAAUAUUGCGUUGGUUGAAAGUUGAUGUUUUUGGAAUUUCCUCGUUGAAAAGAUUUAAAGAUGAUUUUGUUGGAAACCGAGAACAGAGUGAUUUAUGAUACUUUGAAUUAUAAAUUCGAAGUCGCACAGUCAGGCGGGAAGCAAGAUUCAAUCGAAGUUACCGUCGCCGAUUUUGACGGAGCGGUUUACCAUUUGUCGAACCCUGACGGUGACAAAACGAAGAUUCGAGUAAGCAUCGGCCUCAAAUUUUACAAAGACUUGCAAGAUCAUGGCGCCGAUGAAUUGCUGAGACGUGAAUAUGGAGCUUAUUACCAAGCAACGGCGGAAGAUGGGUUCAGUGUCACGUUGGUGUACGAUCUCACUAGUGUGGCGAAAGAUUACAAACCAAUCGCAAAGAAAGCUUCGUUGUUGAAGAGAAAUUGCUUCGCGUCGGUUUUUGAGAAAUAUUUCGAAGCCCAAGCGAAAGGUGAGGUUGGUAAGAGGGCGGUGAUUCAUUACCGUGACGAUGAAACAAUGUACGUGGAAUCUAAGAAGGAUCGAGUUACCGUGAUCUUUAGCACGGUGUUUAAAGAUGAAUCCGACGUCACUUUCGGUAAAGUUUUCAUGCAAGAGUUCAAGGAGAGUCGUCGACGAAGUCAAACGGCCCCCCAGGUUCUUUACAACCAUAAGGAGCCACCUAUGGAGCUUAGUGGGUUGGAUGCCGCAGUUGGCGAUAAUAUCGGGUACGUUACGUUUGUGUUGUUCCCGAGACAUACUGGUCCCAAUGUACGCGACAACACAAUUGAUCUGAUUCAUACGUUCCGCAACUAUCUUCACUAUCACAUCAAGUGCAGCAAGGCGUACAUGCAUCAACGCAUGCGAGCCAAAACAUCUGAUUUCUUGAAGGUUUUGAACCGAGCUCGACCAGAGGAUAAAAACAAAGAGAAAAAGACGAUGUCCGGAAAGUCUUUCCAAGCUCGCUGAGUAUAUGAGGGGGGACGUGUUUCAAUCACAAGAAUAUUUGACGUCAAUCAAACAUAGAAACAUUAUACUCUCGCUGACACUCCAGAUUCGAAGAGAACAAAAUUGAAAUAAUUGAUCAGAAUAUUAACCCUUAUAAUCGUGUUAUAUCUUGCUAUUUAUCCAGUUGUUAAUAUUCUUGCAGUAAUACCACUGUUGAGGAUCAUAUAAAUGGAUUAUCGCAAUUGUGUUGUAAAUAUUCAAAUAUAAUGACGAUAUUACAC